UUAUAGAACCAACAGAACCCCCAGGAGAAAACAGAGAGCAAAUGAGAAGCAAAACGUCGAAUCGCCAAUUGGCUCCUGAAGUUGUGUUCUUCUUGGUCAUCAUGUUCAUGACUUCGAUCCCAGUGAACUCAACAACAUGUCAGGAGGCCUUGGGACAUGCAGCUCCCUGUAUAAAAUAUGCUUUGGGCGCAGCUCCGCUUCCACCGAGUCCCGAGUGUUGCAAGGGUGUGGACGCCUUGGCGGACAUCAUGGCGUUUGUCAACGAUGGACCCAAGAUUCUGUGCCGAUGUUACCACGAGAUUCCGCCUUCUGUAGGGGUCAAGUCUGAGCUUGCCAAAAAGGUCACUCUGGAUUGCGGAUAUCAAUUCGACACCCCAACUGAACCUGGUGCUGAUUGCAACAGCAUUUGGGGGAUCAAAUCUUCAAAUGGGACAUGAUUUCCAAGUCAAGACGUUUGAGGAGACGGCAGAGCUUGACACAUUGCCAAUGUCUUUAGUACAUUUUCAUGUAAUAAUCGAACAAGCAAUGUGAAUGAAGGGUUCGAAAAUUUCUUA